AUGGCACCUGCAGCCACUCCGUCCCUCUACACCCUUGAGUCUCAACCACAGGACCAAGUCCACUUCCAUGUCAAUGAAAAGGGGGCUAUAGAAGACCGUGUCAUCCCUCAGAAUCUCUCUGACGAUCCCGACAACCCCAACUAUCUAUCACAAAUCGAUGGCGCAGACCCCACGAUUUUGUCUCGAGAAGCGUCAGAAGAAGCGCCACCGGGCACCAAAGUCGCACAAGAUCACACAUCCUCCAGAUCAGGUUCAGUCAUCCUCGAGAAGCAGCCUGUACCCGAGAUAAGGAUGCCUGACAAAAAAUACACCCGCUUCUUGCGUAACCUACGGUGGACUAUUUUCUCCGUGUAUCGCCGCCUCAACGCGCUCGCUCUGACUGCCAAUAUCAUAGCCAUCAUUGUGCUGGCUACACAGCAUAACCUCCUCUCCAUGUCACCAGAGUGGGCUGCCACAGCCGUAUCGAUCAAUCUGACUGCGAGUGUCCUCAUCCGACAAGAAUUGGUCAUCAAUGCCCUCUUCUGGACUUUUGGACAAUGUCCCCAAUGGUUCCCCCUACGAUUUCGGCGGUUAGCCGCAAAGAUCUAUCACCUGGGCGGUCUACACAGCGGCGCAGGCAUGUCGGCAGCGUUGUGGUUUGUCUUCUUCAAUGUGUCGACUGUCAGGGCACUGCAAACUGGAGCGUUACGGCGGCAUCAGAACAGCAUACCCAUUAUCACCGUCAUCCUUGAUGUCCUCUUAAUCUCCAUAAUCACCAUGGCUCAUCCCGGCAUACGCGCGAGAAUGCACAAUCAGUUUGAGCUAGUCCAUCGUUUUGCUGGCUGGACUGCUGUAGCGUUGUUUUGGGCUGAAUUCGGACUCUUGACGGACGCAAGAGUACGCGAUGCGUCCUCUAACGUCUCGGCGCAACAACUAAUCCUCGAGAGCCCCAUCUUUUGGACCCUCAUGAUUGCCACCAUUUCGAUCGCACUGCCAUGGGUAUGGCUCCGAAAGGUCCCGGUGAAUGCAGAGCCAUUGUCAGAUCAUGCCAUGCGCCUCCACUUUACGUAUACAAACUUGCCUCUCUGUGCUGCUCCCCGGCUAUCAGACAGUCCGCUCCUUGAGUGGCAUGCAUUUGCCGGCAUACCAGGAGAAGAUGGCCGCGGUUUCUCUGUCCUUGUAUCCAAGGCUGGAGAUUGGACAUCUCGGCUGAUCAGAUCGCCGCCCACGAAAUUAUGGGUUCGUGGCAUUCCCACGAUGGGGGUGCUCCAUGUGGCUCCGAUAUUCAGGAAGAUGGUUCUAGUCGCCACUGGCUCGGGCAUCGGUCCCAUCAUGUCUUUGUUACAUAAGAGGGACAUCUCAUGCCGAAUCCUUUGGUCGACCCCUGAUCCUGAAGUCACGUAUUCGAAGGGCGUCAUCGAGACCGUUCGGCGCGCUGACCCUGAUGCUAUCAUUAUCAACACCACCGUCUCUGGAAGACCCAACCUUGUCAAGCAGACCUACGAACUGUUUGUUUCGUCAGGUGCGGAAGCAGUCUUUGUCAUUUCCAACCCCAAGGUUACCAGAAGGGUGGUUUAUGACUUGGAGAGCCGGGGGAUUCCUAUUUUCGCUCCCAUCUUCGACUCAUAA